AUGCACUUCAAAUCUGGUCUCUUGGCUCUUGCGGCCGCUUCAACUCUCGUUUGCGCGCAUCCGGGCGAGAAGAUCGACAAGCGUGAGGCUGAGAUCGAGGCAAACUUUCGUCAUGCCGUCGCAGAGCUAAACCAGCGAUCACUGGAGCAGUGCAGUGGCUCCGACGAUGUAAGAAUGCGUAAAGAACGGGCAAUGAAACGUCGCUUCGAAACCUUCAAGAGACUUCGGGAGGAGCGAGGCGUCUCUGAUUUGAACUAUGUUCAUCGCCGAACGAAUGCCCAGUUCUCCAAAUGGGCAUCACAAGCGCAUGAUAGGACUGCCCAGCUGAAAUACACCAAGGACACACCCGUCGAAACCAUCUUUGGCGCGAACACAUCUUGCAUUUUUACCCCUGACAAUGCAAACGGCCCCUAUUAUGUUGCCGGCGAGCACAUCCGCAGCAACGUCGUCGAGGAUGUUAAGGGGGUUCCGGUGCACCUGGAGAUGCAAUUCGUGGACACCAAGACCUGCAAGCCAGCUCCGCAGCUAGUAGUGGACAUCUGGUCUUGUAAUGCAACGGGCGUGUACAGUGGCGUCAGUGCCGCAGGAGAGGGUGGCUUGAAGACCACUUACCUGCGCGGCGUGCAGCUCACUGACAAGGAUGGGGUUGUCUCUUUCGAUACUAUUUUCCCUGGUCACUACCAAGGGCGAGCAAAUCAUCAGCACGUGGUAGUCCAUACAGGUUCAACAAUUUUGCCAAACAAUACCUACACUGGCGGCCAUGUAGCUCAUUUGUCCCAAUUCUUCUACGACCAGGCUCUUCUAAACACAGUCGAGGCAAGCGCACCAUACAACACCAAUAGGAUCCCGAAGACGAGCAAUGCUGCCGACAUGUUCACCGGAUAUGCUGCCACGGAGAAGUAUGACCCGUUUCCUGAAUACGUCAUGCUUGGAAAGACGCUUCAAGAUGGACUCUUCCUGUGGUUAGAGAUUGGUAUUGAUACAACGGCAAACUGGGAUACAUAUGCUCCCGUAGCAGCUUACUUCAGGGAAGGUGGUGGUGUCGACAACCCCGACUUUCAAAGGCUUCAGAUGAUCACGGGCUCGCCACCACCCACUCACGGCUGA